CCACUCCUUUGCUUAUAGUGUAUAAAAGAUGUGAGAGGGCUACAAAACCAAGAAGUCAAGCUUGGCAUUCCAUCCACCAAAGAGGAAAAGAGACAGAUAUACAGACAAGGUGAGUACCCCAAUGGUGCAAAUGGGGUCAGAUUCUCGCUCCCAUUUCUCUCCUUUUCAAUUCUUGGUCAUCACUUUUCUCCUGCAAGUCAGAGACGUUGUUUCCUGUCCUGUUGGUUGGAUAUCACAUAAGAGCACUUGCUUUGGCUUAUUCAAGAAACCGAUGAUGAAUUGGUAUGACGCAGAGACAGCAUGCCAGGUUAAGUUCCAGGAGAGCCAUCUUGCAUCCUUGCUCAAUGAGGAUGAGAUGAGGGCCGUAUCCUCUUUCAUCAAGAUGAACCACAAAACAGUGGGUCACAUCUGGAUUGGACUGCAGGAUAUUGGAUGGGAAUCGGUAAGGAAUUGGCAAUGGAAAGAUAUGUCUCCUGUCUCCUACAUACCUUGGGCACCUGGACAACCCAGUAAUAGACCUAAAAGGGGGAACUGUGCAGAAUUGUAUUCUAAAGAUUACAUGCAAUGGAGUGAUGAUGACUGUGAUUUAAAACAUGCCUAUCUAUGCCGAUUUUCACGAUUCUGAAGGCAGCAAUAGAUUGACACUUGGAGGGUGAAACUCACCUGGAGGCAACUAUCUCUGGUGGUGGACUGAGCCCUUCUGUUAUCUAUAUGCCAAGGCUAUACCACCAUAGAGGGGUUAUGGAUCAGACUCUCGUUUC